CAGAUGUUUCGCUCCACAAAGCUAUGUCAGGAACAGUGAUUUUGGCAGCAGAACUUUUUUUGCGUGAAAAUGAAUGCCCUUAUCCAUCAAGCUUUAUUUGGCGUAACACAAUUGGAUGGGAGUUUAGUCUUUGUACAAUGGGUCAGCGUAGAUACUAGCAGAGCAUGCGAUAUGGUCUUCCAUUAAAUUAGCCAGUUCGUCAUGAGUCUUGAGAAUUGUCAAAAAGAGAACGGAAAAAUUAAGACGACCUUUCAGGAUAAUGGUUGUCAACAUGUGCACCCAAACACGCCAAGGCAUUGGGACGGCGGUCUCCCACUACCAGCAUUAUCUCCUACAUUCGCAAGAGUCGUUAUUUUCGCCAUUGCGGUUGUCUGCUACGGCAACAGUUACGAUGGAAACUUUGUAUUUGACGAUAGCGAAGCAAUCGUUAAUAAUAAAGAUGUACUUCCAGAAAGACCAGUUACUGACCUGCUUCUUCACGACUUCUGGGGCAACCAGCUUGUUAGUAAACAAAGCCACAAAUCAUAUCGGCCCAUAACAGUUUUGACAUACAGGUGGAAUGUUCAGCUCGCAGGUGGUGUUUUCCCCAAGGGUUUCCAUAUUGUCAACAUCAUCCUUCAUGGACUUGUGUCAGUUUUGUUGUUUUCUGCAUUUAUAUCAAUUGUCAGCACCCAUUCUUCAAACCAUACAUCAAAAGCAGCAUUUCUGUCCUCACUGUUGUUUGCAGUCCAUCCUAUCCACACAGAGAGUGUUGCUGGCUUAGUUGGCAGAGCUGACCUACUAUGUGCCUUGUUUUUCCUCUUGUCUUUUAUGGCAUAUGUCAAAACCUGCACCAAUGACAACACUGGUAGACUGUGCUUCCCUGAGAAAGUGGACUGGUUGUGGAUGAUACUGAGUGUUGUAUUUUGCUUCCUAGCAACAUUCAGCAAGGAGCAGGGGAUAACAGUACUUGGUGUCUCAUGCGCUUAUGAUAUCAUAUUUGUGUGCCAAAUUCAUCCUUUGAAACUGUUAAGUCCACAAUCAGCAUGUAAGUUGUCAAGGAAGGAGCAGCAGAAUGGACAUUCCAGGAAUCAAAGGGGAAGCUCUCCAUGGUUGCAGUCCCUGAUUCAACGACAGUUUGUGCUCAUCUUUUCAGCGGUAGCUUUUUUAUUGUUGCGGUUAAAAGUCAUGGGGCUUUCUCCUCCAACAUUCCAAGUACAUGACAACCCUCAUUCAUUUGCCAAUGGCUCCCUUUACAGGGCCUUGAACUACAACUACCUCUAUGCAAUCAACAGCUGGUUACUUCUGAAUCCUUGGUGGCUGUGCUUUGAUUGGUCUAUGGGGUGUGUGCCAGUCAUCACUUCACUUACUGACCCACGUCUUCUACCACUGGCCGCAUUCCUGUUUGUGAUGGGCUGUUUGUUCAUAUGUUGUUUUAAAACAGAGAUGGAUCACGAAGAUAGAUGUCUUGUCCUUGGUCUCACUCUUCUGGUGCUGCCGUUUUUGCCAGCAUCCAAUAUUUUUUUCCGUGUGGGUUUUGUCAUUGCUGAGCGCAACCUGUACCUUCCCUCUGCUGGCUUUUGUCUCUUGGUGUCACUUGGGGCAGUUCGACUUUCACAGUUCAGGUCUCUAAAACUGAUACUAGCUGCAGCACUGUGUGCACUCCUGCUUACCUUUGUCUGCAGGUCUGUACAGAGAAGUUACCAGUGGCGAGAAGAGCUGAGCCUAUUCAAAGAUGGAGAGAAAGUCUGCCCUUUGAAUGGAAAGGUACACUACAAUAUUGCCAAGCUAGUUGGUGAUAUGGGAGAAACAGAGCUUGCUAUAGAAAAGUACCAGCUGGCAAUUAAACUAAAUCCCCAGUAUGACCAGGCCAUGAAUAACCUGGCAAACAUUCUCAAAGACCAAGGAGAUACCCUUGAGGCAGAGGAACUCCUCACCAAAGCUGUCUCUAUAAACCAUGAGUUUGCUGCUGCAUGGAUGAACCUGGGGAUAGUACAGGCACAGCUGAGAAAGUUUGACUUAGCGGAGACAAGUUACCAGACUGCUCUUCAACACCGCCGCAAAUAUCCAGAUUGCUACUACAACUUGGGAAACUUGUUCUUGGAACAAGAGCGUCAUCAGGAAGCACUAGAUGCCUGGCAUAUGGCCACACGUCUCAAGCCACAGCAUGUAAAUGCCUGGUCAAAUGCUAUGAUCCUCCUUGACAACCUGGGACAUUACGAGAAAACCAUCAAGAUGGGGGAAAUGGCCAGAGAGCACCUGCCCAACUCUGCAGUUCUGUGGUUCCACAUGGCCAAUGCUUAUGGCAAGAUGGAAAGAUGGCAGGACUCUGAGCGUUGCUUCUUGGCAGCCAUACAACUGGAGCCGGCUGAAGAAAAGUAUUAUUUAAAUCUAGGUGUAUUGUACCACAGAUGGGGGAAACUGGAAAAAGCAGAGAAGGCCUACAUGAAGACCCUUCAGCUGGAUUCGAAAAACAGCAAUGCUAAAGAAUACCUGCAAAUGCUGGAUAGAAAGCGCAAAGGGGCAUUAUGACAUCCAUUCUUUCAUUCAGGUGUUCUUGUGUUGGUCAAAGUGUGUGCUGUAUUUUCAUACAGAUUGUCUUUUAUAUUGUUCCUACAAAUUGUUGUAAAUUGUUCAUGCAGAUUGUGCUCCAAAGUGUUCAGGGAUUAGAGAAAAGGAUAUAGAGAAAACACAACUUAAACCAGGUUGCAGAGACUGGUACAUAGGCUGGUGGCUAAAGAUUCACAGUUGGUGAUCCUUGAAAAUGCAUAAUUACUGGUUCUUGCAUAUGUCCAGGUGAAAGUACUUUAUCCAACCAUCAAAGGCAGCUGAAGAUGCUUUACGUAAAAGACACAAGUAGACGAAGAUAUUUACAGCACAUCUUUUCACAACCAUGUGCUGUACGUAAAAAUCUUGUGCCCCUCUCCUGCAUGGAUUCAUAUAAAAACAAGUAACAAGCAACACAUAACAGCACUAAGAUAUGAACCUUGUGGAUUGUUCAACGAUGAGGAAAAAAACAAGUAUCACAGCUGACAAAUUUAAUGUAGAGAAAUUUGUGAAAGGCCAUUUGGUGAACAUUUUGGCUAAUGGACAUUGUUCAUUUCCUGGCAUUUGUGUGUCGAGACUGCAUAGUUUAGCUUUCCAACAGUGGCAGCACAGUAGGUACUUUCUUUACUUUUUCAGUGUUUAUGAUAUCUUAAAAUGUUCGUGUAAACUUGUUGAUGGUGUGCAGCUUCAUUAGACAAGCUAGCGAUCACAUAACCAGCUCAGUAGAUAAGCUUGUGACCAUCACAAUGGCUUCGGUAGAGACUAGUGAUCACAAUAUCAUCACCUCUAUGUCCCUUAGCCCUAAGUGGAUGUGGACACAUCAUAGUAAUCUCAACACCUACUCUUUAUCAUCUUUGACAUUUCUGUCAUAUUCUGGUGUCUGCUGAAUGAUGGACCAUUCCACUUUUCAUUGUUGUCAGCAUUGUGCAUUAUUUUGUCUGCCUCUCUAUAUCUAACUCUAUAUAAUUCAGGGAGGUUUUGAAAAGUUCCCAUUCCACUUUAUUUUGCAUAUUUUCCUUCUGGUUUGGUCCAGUUAUUUGUUUCCAAAAAUCUUUGUUGAAUAGCAUCAUUAUAUUGUGUAUACUAAAACUAAGAGAAAGCUAAGUUUUUACCAUGCACACUCUCAUGACCAUUUGCAGGAAGCUGUUGAACAGUGUAGGGAAGUAGACCGCUUUUUCAUGGUCUAAUGAUUAGCCCUCAGCAGUGUAGGGAAGUAGUUUUUUCAUGAAAGUGUGUCAUGGAUUAUUUCAAGGUUUUCCUUGUUGCAAUAACUGCAAUAUUUGUCAUUUCUGUUCUAACAUCAAGCAAUACAGUAGUCCAAGCAUGGUAUCAGCAUGAUAAAGGUAGUCUUUAUGCUGUUUUUUUCUGUGCCUGCAUGGUUUUUUUUUGUGUGUGUUACUGAGAAAAUCUUGCUGAUUUCUUACAUAAUCAAAGAUGGCAGCAUUCAAAUGUUAAUGCUUUAUUCAAAGAAAAGUAAAAGUGUUAGUGAAGUAAUGCAAAGUGAUGUAAUAAGAUAUAUAAUGUAGCACAGAGACGUUUGUGAUGCUCAAUAUGAAAGUGAAAACUUUUUGAGCCUGAAGGGCAGGUGUGGAGAACAUUUUUUCUGAUAAAGGCCAUUUGAAUAUUUAUAACAUCACAGGCCAUACACAAUUAUCAACUUAAAAUUUAUCCCCCUAUAUUUGAUAAACAUUUAGUUUUGUCACGGUGUAUUAACACUUUUGCAAGAUGUACACUCCCUGCCUGCCAGGCACUGACUACACUGUACAGGCAGACCAGAAGCAUAUGUUGUCUGCCCCAUCAUGCGCUGGUAUGUGUCCUGUUUAUUAUUCCUUGCUUGCCCAUUGCAAUCUGUCACUAUUAUGACUCAAUAUUGCUUAUGAGGAAAAAAAAAAGUCAUUGAAUUUCGAGUCCCACCCUCAGUUGUUUUGUGACUGGGUCGCAUAAUCCCAACUCCUGCUAUAGAGUAGGGUGAUGACCUGUAAAAUGCAAGAUUCUGAAGACUCAAUGAGGGCCAUGGGUGGUGGAAGAUAUUUAAGCGCAUGAAGUCAACAGAAAUUGUGUUUAUGAGCAGGGUUUUAUGAAGUCAACAUAAAGUUUGUUUUCUAGUAACUCAGUAAAACACAGGCCUAGUAAUUUGUGUUGAUUAAUUGACCAAAUCAUGGAUAAUUUACUCUAUGCAUCUCACAGACCAUAUGAAAAUGCCAAACUAUUGGCUGUGAUGUAUUGCUGGAAUUCACCAGAAAUGAGCUAUCAGGCCAUUUAGGACUAUUCCCGAUACUCUCCCUUUGACCGUACCUGCACAUUAUAGAUAUUCAUUUUCUAUCUUUAGGAAUAAGCUGAAUAGAUUCUCUACUGUAUUAAAAUCAGUUGAAAAUUUUUAGACAGUUACAGAGGACAACAUCCAGGCAAGUACAGUAGAUAGGGGGACUCUGUUUUACAACAAAAUAAUUAUUGUUUUUAUAAGUUGAGGAUUUUUUUUUUUUUUUUUUUGAGUGAUGUUGCAAAGCAUGUUCUUUAUAAGUCGAUGGUCUUGGUCUUUAUAUAUAUAUCUUCCUUUGUAUAUUUACUAUAAAAAUUGAAUUCUAUCCUCAAAUGGUUUUGUUAAUGUCUAGUUUAUAUCUAGUUUUUUGAAAGCCUUUGUAUAUUUACUGUUUAAAUUGAAUUCGUUGUCUCAAAUGUUUCAGUAAAUGUUGUCUGGUUGAUAGUUUAGAUCUACCGAGGCUGUGUCCAAGUUUUUGUUUUUUCCGCAUGGUCUGUUUCAAUACCCCAUGAACAUUAAAAAUCUUUAAAAUUAAGGUAACCAGAGGUUAUGAGGUGACUUUAUAAACAGACAAGUUUCACUGCAGCAAAAAUGUUAGUGUCAGCCAUAAAGAUAUGUUAAUUUAGUAGUAGUGUAUAUUUCAGGAACCAGGUAGGCUGUACAUGUCAUGUACAUUAUUUGUACCUGUUUCAAAGACAGUAGUCUCUUCUGACAAUGAUCUCAUGCUACAUAUCAUAUAAAAUCUGUUGGUUGCUUGGUAGUAUAGUGUAAAUAGGAUCUAUUUUCAUACUUCUAUUUUGUAGAAAUAUUUUGGGGGCCAGUGUCUGUGUCAUGCUGAGUGUAGAAAGUGUUGUAUAUCUACAAUAGAGCAUAUCAAUUUUUCCCUUUAUAUCAAAAGUGUUUUAGUGCACAGGUUUAUAAUUCUUGUUUUCUUUAAAUAUAUAUUUGUAGUUAGUAAAUUAAAAAAAUCUGAUCUCAA